CUUUUUUUCUUGCACACUUUUUUUUCGAUUUUUCAAAAAUAUUGAGAACCACUGUCAGUCACUGAUAUGAUAUACCUGUACCUAACUCGUUAUCAGUGUUAACACAACAGCAUUCUAACACCAACAAAUCGAAGUUCACUCGCACGAUUUCAAGCUUGUUCCUGAGCUACGAGCAGCAGCAUUCACAGUCUGCUCAGUUGGUUUCGCUCUCCUCUCGCCUUUCUCGUUCCUCUCUCUCUCUCUCUCUCUCUCUCUCUUUACGACUCGCUUCUACGUGCAUUAUAACGAAACUGCUCAGUCAGUAGAGAGACGCUGUUCACAACACGUGUCUCUCUCUCUCUCUCUCUAUACUCGACAAUUUUGCACAUCCCGUCACUCCUUUUCACCUGAAAAUUUGCACGUAUUUUCACCUAGAGUACGAUAAUAUUCGAGGACCCGUUAAAAUCUACGAAGUAACAGUGCUGUUGGUUCGCGUGACAAUAUUAAUAACAGUGCGCGAUGAGGUGACGUACGUCAUCAUAUAAAAGUUGAGGAAAUAAUUCGACUCGGAUUAAAUAGUCAUCCUGAAGAAAAAGGAUAUCACGCGAUAUCUCUACUGGGAUGGUGGAUCGUCAGGAUUUACUAAGCAGCUCCUGGUUACACGAGGAUGGAGGAUUCCUCGGUGCAUCCUGAUAAGUCGACGGGAGGAUUUUCGAAGCGACUGGAGGAAGUGGACGAGGACUGUUCGUCGGGCGAAGCAGUCAGGAUACUAUCGGUCGACAAGGUCACGGUAGAGAAAAUCGUUCUGGAGACGGAACGGUCGCGCGAAGUGCUUCUGACGAAGAGUGAAAGUUCGCGUAAGUUUGGCGAAUCUAAGAAACGCUUCCUGGUGAAGCCAAAAACAGUUGAGGAGAAAAUAUCAUUUGGCACAAAGAUAGGAACUGGUAAGGUAUCUGCUGGUAAGGAUGCAUCGAUUACCAGAAGUAGGCUGAAGCAAGGUGAGAAUGGCGCAUCGUCACCAUCGGAGAAGAAGCAAAGUACUUUGAAGGGCGGAUCGAGACUUCCUGUCUCGAAAGUGCAAAAGAGUGGGAGCGUCACUUCGCUCAAUGAGAAACGUAUAAGUCCUAUAAAGCUCACUAAAAGCUCGUCCAUUGGCAGUCUGAUAAGGACUAAUAAAAGUCUCAAAGCCGCGAGUCCCGCCAAAACGCGCAAAGUCCCACCCAAAGUGCCGCAGAAGCCCAAGAGACAGAUCGGAGCAUCGAAUUACGUUGGGAGUUCAAGGACGGUCGGUAAGGAAGAUUCAGAAGCGUUGGCGAAUAGGAAAGAUGAGGGAAUAAAGAAUGAAAAAGAUAUUCGGAACGAGGAUAAGUCCAGGGAAGAUCAUAAUGAUGGGGGAGGAUCGAAGAGUGGUACGGAUCAGCUGGAGAAAAUAAGAAUAGUGGAUGAGCUCAAGAAAGACAGAAGUGAAUUGGUAAAGGUAGACGCGACAAAGUUGGGUCCCGGAAGUAAGAGUGAUCCUGGCGGAAGUAGUGCCGCUCAGGAUCGUUUGGAGAAGAGUCAGUCGGAGAUCGAGAGGCUUCAGAGGAAUCUUGGUACCAGCAUUCAUGCCUCCACUGCCGAGACUUACAAGAACGAGAUCGUAAAUCUUCAGGCUCAUUCAUUGAAGGUCGUUCCCAUUCGUGACCUCGACCUUAACGAGAACGUAACCAGGAGGUCCUUCGAUAAGGAGUUCCUGGAGAAGCAUAACUUCGAUAAGAAGCUCAAGAUAGAAGAGAAGCGUCUUCUUGAAACGGACUUGGAUUAUACGUCGGACACAGAGAAGGUCGACAGGCAGCAGGCACCAGCCAAGUACGGUAAAAAGGUCACCGAGGUCGAGAAGAGAUGGUCCGGUGAAUUCUUGGAGAGUCAGCUGGAUCAAAACUCUUCGGAAUCGUCCAAGUCGUCCUACGUCGAGGAACUGGGUAGCAUAUCCUCUCAUGAAAGUAUCGUCGAGGACGCGGGUACCUGCAGGUUCGUUGAGCAGGCGCAGAAACGCUUGGACAUCAACUUGGAGGAUGCUAUUAGGAAAUCCAAUGAGGUCUUAGAGGAUACGGUGAGUACUGUGGACUCUGACUCCUGUCUUGAGGAUAGAAUUAGAGCCAUCGAUGAAGAUAUAGAGGAAGCUGGCGACAAGGGCGAAUUUGACGAGACGGAAAACGAGUCGAAAAAUAGUACUUUGAAGGAAUCAUCGGUGAAGACCUGUAAAACCGAUGACUCCAGUACUUUGCGGGAUAACGAUGCUAAUUGCGAAUCGAAGCAGAGACCGGUGAUAGAGAUCGACACUUUAGAAGCCUCUAAAAGAGAUUUCAACGGCGCAGAAAGUCAGUCUACUACACUGACCGUACGAAAGGUCGAAGAUGAGAAAAAAAUAAUAGUAGAUACUGCUUUCUCGAAAGAAAAUAAUUCCAAAGAAGUAAACAAUGGUUCGUUCAUUGAGACAGCAGCUGAUCCUGAUGCGGUAGAAGUUCCUGAAGAUUCAAUAUUCUCUCAGGCUGCCCGGAGGAAGAGGGAGAAGAAUAUCUCGAAACCGUCUACGGGAAAAGACGGAUACGCGAAUCUGAUACAAGAAUUCAAAAUGGAUGCUGGGACUUCGAAACCCGCGAAGGACGAGAAGAAACGCAAGGGCUUUCGACGUCUUCUUCCUGGACUCUUCUCGCCCAAGGAUUCCCGGAAGGAGUACAAGAAGGAGCAAAAGGAAAAGAAGAAACGCGAAGAGAAGCACUUCACGCAGCAUCAACAAAAUGGGAAUUACACCAGGUCGCCGGAUACGAUGAACCUCAAUGAGGAUAUCAAGAGGAACGUGAAGUUGGAUACGAGUCUAAACAGUUCUAUAAUAGAGGAGAGAUUGAAUGAGAUAAAGCAGGAACUGUUUCCCGAGCAAGGAAUCAUCACUAGUACGCCUGAUCAUUUUCUCCAAGGCGACCGAAGUCUUCUUCAGGAUGGUAGAUCGGCUAGAACGUGCACAGCUAAUUCAUCAUUGAGCUCUAUAGCAGCUGAUGACAAGUGGAUCGAUCAUAAUAUUAUAAGUGGCUCGCCGGAUAUGAGACAGAUCAAGCAACGUCGUGCUGAUGACCGGAAAUGUAGUCUGGAACGGAAGCACAGCUUACAGGAUACUCAACCCAGAUUCAUGAGGAACCACGGUCCUUCGGGAAGGAUCUCAGCACCUCCAAGCGAACGAUUCUUGAUAAGACCCAGGGCAGUGCAUCCGGUCGACAGGCCAUUGCCUGCUAUUCCACAAAAAGUUGAAUUUUCGAAUUAUGAAAAUCAUAACGACCUGCAGAAGCAGCGCGAAUUGUCACGCGGUAGACGUACGACUGAUAAUUAUCCUCAAGAAUCGUACGUGACAGAUAAUCAGAACUAUGAGAACGGUAGACUGUAUGAAAACGGUAACUUGAUGGACGCGGACAAAGUUGAGAUCAACAGGAAUCAGAGCAUUGAUUCUGGAUUUAAUCUGACUCCAGUCUCAGCUCAGGUUAAAAUCACAAGGCAAUUGAUUGUCAAUCAAAAUCAAAAAGCUCCGCUCAUUGGACGGUCGGCCAAAUAUUCACCAAAUACGAGUCAGAAAUCUGGAGACUAUGCGGACUCUAGUUACACUCCCAAUUCCAGUCAGAAAAGUGAAUUUUCGCCGAGUAGUUCAAAAAGUGGGGAAUACUACUUAAAUUCGCCUAGAGGAAGUUCUCGUACAUCUCCGAACGACAGUUUUAGUGAAAGACGAGAUCAGACUUAUGAGAACAAGCAGCCGUCUCCUAGAGCUUAUCCAAUCUCGCCUAAUGUAAAAGUUGAGACCAAGACUGAUCGUGUGUACGAUGAGACACCAGUAUCGCCAUUGCCUGACAGGACCAGGUCGCCGGGAUUCUAUGAGAAAUCUUCAUCCAAUUCCAGGAUCUUUAAUCAGACUUUGCCCAAUGCCGAUGCUAUAUACGUUCAAAGAAAUUCGCCAAACAUUCCUAUGUCAAAUAAUCUUGCUAAACUCAGAGCUACUGUAGACAACGUUAACGAACCGGAUGUAGCAAAUAGAAUUUACAGUGAGAAAAAUGUGACUGGACCUAGUGAGAAUUCAAAACAGAACCCAUCAAGGGUUUUGUCACCAGUACGUAGCCUCGAGGGAGUGGCAUCUGCACUGCCAAUGUCUGAUGUCUCCAGAGAAAGAGCCGUAUCACCAGUUCAAAAUAUUCCCAGGGUCGUGUCACCUUCAAGAAUGCAGAGGAUGACUUCACCGUUGACUAUAGUCACUCAGAAUCAAGUGAGAGCAUCCUCAGGUCCGACUUCACCACAUGCUACCAGGGUACCAGUCGCUCCACAGACUAGACCAAUGUCACCUCGCCAGGGUAGGACACCCAAUGAGAUGCGGACGCCGGUUUCAUCUCCAAAUAUGAACCAGACCAGGACGAGUUCAAGCACUGGAUCUUACGUAUCGAUGUCCUCUAGACGUUCUCAGCCUAAUGAUCAAAUUCUUAUAGCUUCACCCAAGAGAGAAGCCAUCUACGAGAUACGACGUCCUGGCAACAGAUUGGAAGCAAGUUGUCCCGAGUCCCCAGUUCCUAUGGCAGAUUCACCGAGUCAAGUUUUGGGUUCCAGGCAGUCCCUUAAGCAAACCGUUGCUGAGAGGCUGGAACGCUGCAAGUCUCCAUUGGCUCAUGAUCCUCAGAAGAGUUCUACUUUACCGACAGAGCCAGUGUACGGUGGUAGACAAACUCUGCAGAAGAUUGUGCAAAACAGAGCUUUGUCACCAGCCUUGAACUUACCUAGAAGUGUCCAGAAUUCUGUUCCAGACAGAAUUCAGAGACCUGAACCCAUUUACGUUCAGAGACAGCCUAAUGGGAUGCUGGCCGCAGUUGGAGCACCCAUUCAAGAUCUUAGGAAUCAUCAGAGAGCAGCUUCCCCAGCCGAAAGACAGGAUGCUGCAGUGCAGCAACUAAAGCAACAAUCGCAUAAUCAAACUGAAGUCCAGGUGAUACCUGCAACGAGAAACCACGAAGUUAAGAGACAAUUAGUAGAUCCGAUUUACGGAGAGAGGCAAGUCCAAGCUCCUGGUGCGUCCCCUGUGAAUAAUUCUCAGCAGCCAAUUUACUCUCGGAGACUGGAAGGUGUCCAACCAGGGACACCUAGACCACCGCAAGUAAUUUACACGUCAAGCCAAGAGCAGAUUUGCAGGUCCAGACAGUCUGGACAUCAGGAGCCUAUUUAUACACAGCAGCAGGACCCCAUCUAUGCUCAAAGAUCCUCAGAACCCAUCUACGGUCAGCACCGUGGUAGACAGUUGUCACCGUCGAAACGUCAGACCAUGCAACACCUGGAGGCCUUCUACUUGCAGCAUAAAGCGCUUGAAGCUCAACGAAAAUUAAUGACGUCGCCAACCCGGAUGAGUCAUCAGAUUAAUCAGAGUCCAGAAAACAAAACCGAGCCUCCUGAAGUUCGCGAGGCAAUUUACUGGCAGCAAUUGAAAAGACUCGACGAAGAGCAGCAACGACGAAUUUAUGAACGGAACAUGAUGGACGAGAAAGCCGAUCCGUUGUAUUGGAGAAGAAAAUUACAAAGUCCACCCACGUCGCCCACCGCUGGAGUCAUCAGGCAUGGUUCCAGUCCGAGUCUGGCUAAUCAGAGUAUGUCCCUACCGCCAAACGUAGAGCAACUUUACUGGCGUAGCAAAUUGCAAAAUUCUACAGUCAACCCAGUGGGCAAGCCACCGAUAAUGGGUCAGAAGGGGCAAAACCAGCCAGUCCUGGUUGUCCGACCUCAACCGCAAGAACAGGAACAACCCGUCAAGAAGGUAUCCUCGCAAGAAUUCCAGGAGAAGGACGUCCCAAGGUCAAAGAGCGUCUCACCUCAUUUUACAAGAAGCGACGAGCGUCGCAGUCUCAGUUUGCCCAGGCAAACGAGCGAGCCUGACGAUGGUGGAUUCCAGAGGAACACUCGCGAGAAGAGCACGGUGGCUGCACUUCGUAAACCGGAUGCUCGACCGAUUUAUCAAGAGGAGAACGAGACUGACCGGAAACCACCACCAAUCUUCAAGAGAGGCAGUCUCAUUAGUAACUCUAGCAGUUCGGUAGAUUAUGGUGCGGUCGGUCCUAAGAGGGUUAGUUUCUCUAACCAGACAAACUCGCCUGAGGUUGGUACUGGUGUCUGGCCAACGAAACAUGGGAUGGCGCCAGAACCGCCGACCAGGAAGCACAAGAUCGACAAUCCGAGAAGUUCCACCACGUCAGAGAACGAUUCUGUUUUCCUUCACGACGAAGAAAAUCAGAACAACACCAACAACGUUUACGGAAACGUUCUGGCCAGGUCGAUUUCCCAGACUGCAGGUCCUCCUGGAAGUCUUGUGAACUUGGUUAAAAAUAGGAUCGACCCUGCGAGUGAGAAUGUUACGACGUCCCUGGACCAGGAGUACGAUGCCAACAGACCGCUCCCACCACCUCCUAGGGAAACGUCCUGGCUACUCCGACGUGGCGGUGCCAGCACGAAGGAUCAAGGAAGAUCCAGACCCGAGAAACUUGAUGCAGGACGAAGAAAGGACGGGAACCAGCAAAGAAAAUGUCCAGGACUUAGCGAGAGCGAAAGUGGCAGCGAGGCUGGCGAAGUGCAGCGGAUUUUGCAUCGACGUCAGGACGAAGAGUGGAAUCCAGAUGGCAAAGGACGCCAGUCCAACGACACGGGCGGAUCCGGCCGGGGUGAGGGUGAGGGUGGACCAAACGAGCUACCGGGCGGUAGAAGAAGUGGGGGCGUUGGUGGGGGUAUAUUGGGCGUCGGUGGGGGAGGUGGUUCACGUGGUUCCGGUGGUACCGGAAGUGGCGGUGGUCGCUCAAGGGACGAACCACGAAGACACACUCUCAGCGGAGAUCACCAACCCUCCCUGCAUCAUCAACAGUUUAACGCUCAGCAACUUCAUUCCCUUCAUCCGCAUCACCUGCCACAACCCCACGGGCAGUACGGGACUCCGCCCAGUCGCUACACCACCAUGGAUCUUGAGAUGGGGACCAAGUCUCGACAGAGGAAGUCGCCACUUCCACGCGGCUAUCCACCCCCGUCGACAGCGAUGCUCUUCGACGACGACCCCGGGAUCAUGUCCGAAGUCGAGACCUCAAGCACAGGAUUCCGCAGGGGUGGAAAGCAAAGGAGCAGCUUGCCCGUGGUGCGAACCCCGAGCAAGACCUUAGAACGACCACUAGGCGACUCCCUAGGACUGGUGUUCCUGCAGUACAGGAACGAGACGAAACGGGCGUUACUGCCAAACGAAGUAACCAGUAUAGACACCGUCAAGGCACUCUUCGUCAGGAGCUUCCCCAAGCAACUAACAAUGGAGUAUCUUGACAGUCCCCAUGUCAAGGUUUACAUUCACGACAGCAACAAGGACAUGUUCUACGAGCUGGAGGAUCUGAGAUCUCAUCUUAGGGAUAUCAGGGAUCGAAGUGUUCUCAGAUUAUUUGAAAGCGCCGAUGGCGUGGCUGGUAUGCCUGGUCCUAUGGGUGCUCCUGCAGGUGGCACUGCGCUACCGCCGCAUUGGGAGGAUCAAAGUUACUUCAGCGAGCCAGAAUUCGACAGCGAGUUUCAGCAUCAGCACAUCCACAAGAGCAAGACGGCAAAAAAUUCAACCUCUGGCAGUGGCGGCUAUUACAUGGGCAGCAGCAGCACCCUACCAAGGGGUGGUCCACUCUUAAGGGCUUAUAGUCCUGCGGCAUCCUCGGUAGCCACUGGACCAAACGCUGCGCCGACUCAGCCAAAAACUUUAAGCACACCAGGUGGAGGCGGGGUGGCGCCGGCCAAGCCGCUUCGCAGCUACCAGUGUGGUAAGAGUCCCCUUGGAAGCCUGGGGGGCUCGGCACGCUUCUCUAGGGACAGCUCGGUGUCCCUCUAUAGUAUACCAGAUCGACUUCACGGUGAAAGUGGCUACAUGAGCAGCCCUGAGAGAGGCGGCGGUGUCGGAACCGGAACAGGAAGAUAUCCGGCAGGACCGUACAGUGGCGGAAGCAGCUACGAAGAUCCAUACUAUGCCCAAUAUUCGGGAACGGUAACGCCAGUGAUCGACGAGGAAGCCAGUGGGUGGUGCAGCGAUACGGAACUAUUGGAGGAAUCGUACAGCCUUUACGGGGUGAAGCCACCCGGGCGACCACCUUCGGGACCCCCACGUUCCCCAUUCCCUCCAGGGGCGCCUGCUCUAGCCCCCGGUGGACAACCUUACGACGCAACCCGGAUAAGGGUGGAACACAUGGAACGGCAGCUUGCUAACUUAACGGGACUGGUGCAAAAGGCUCUUACUCAUGCUCCACACACGAGUCCCUCACCCCGGGACUACCUGCAAGUCCCCGCUGGACGUGACCCGUACAGAACCGCAGGCGCAGGAGACGAGUUCGACAAGCACUCUAGCUCCAGCUCUGCCUCACUGCCAGAUGACUCAUACUUAAGGACUGACGUUAAGCCACCAAAGUUAGGCAAAGACAAGUCGGUGUCAUUUGAAAAGUCAGUGUCCUUCAGUGACGAGCCUCCAGACAUGAAUUCUCCCAAACAACACUCCCCGCAACAUGCAGCGGACACAAAGCCUACGAAACCGGCAAUCAAAUCUUCGACAUUGCCGAGGAUGUCAUCACAAGAAAGGGACAGCAGGCACAAACCAACACCACCGCCAAAACCAGCUGCCCUCGCGGCAGAUCAAUAUGUCUACAGAGAUUUGGCUCUUACACCGGAAAUGUACAAUCAGCUAAGAGGUUUACAAAAGAAGGCGAAGGAUCUUCGCCAAGAAGUCAGAAAUUUGAGGCGUAUGUCUCAAGCACAGGCUCAUACAGUCCGAGAGACUAUAAGGGAUACUUUUAUUACAAUCAGGGCGAUGCUGCUGUCAGGUGGAGACGUGGUCUGGGCGUCAGGAGAUACCGAGAAAAUUAGACUGAGUCGCGAGGAGGACCUCUACAAGCAAGAAAUGAUUAGGCUGGAAAAAGAUCUUACCGAGCUAGAGAGCACAGUGGAGGAGCUCCGAGGCAACGUCAUCAAUCAUAAAACACGUGUCAAUACAUCAGACGUUGAGAAUAUGGCUUUGAUUCUCAGUAAAUCCAGCAAAACAGUGGCAGACUUGAAAGUACGAUUCCCAAGCCUGCAGGAAGGCAUGAAAGGCCUCCUGAGUUCCGAAAUGGAGAAAGUAGUGCGCGAGGAGAAGUUCCUGAAAGAGGAACCCGAGAGACUCGAGUCUGCGCUAAAACGAUGCAAAAAGCUGGCUAGCACCCUCGUCACGCUCAAACGCUUGGCGUCGGUGCAGGAGCAGCGAUUACCAAACGCGGUGAGCGUAGAGGCCGAAGAGACACCACCGAUCAUACCAACGUCUGCACAACACUCCAAGGCAACUGCCCCUGUGCCAGCUGAACGCACUGUCUUGGGGUCAGCGGGCAUCCUCGGGGGAGGGCCCCACGCUGGCGACCCAUCCGCCCCCCAUCAGCAGCGUCCGGAGAACGCACUCGACGCUCUGCUAGAUGAGCUCCAAACAUUCUCCCGUCCGGCAUCACAAUUGAGUCAAGCAUCAAGCGUGAGUCACUCGUCAAAUCGUCCCCCAAAUCUCUCAGAAAUUGGCAGAUCCGCCAGCCAGGUGAAACAGACGAAUCGAGCGCCGAAUAUGUCGGACAUUGGGAGAAAAGGAAGCAUAGACUCAUCAACAAGUUUAGCCAUCGUUACACCAGGUCAUACCAAUACUCUACGCAGACUCCACUCCUAUCCAUCCAGCUCAGACACGGACACGUCACCACCCAUAGCGAGGUUGCAAGUCUCUGACGGCACAACUCCACCUCAGAAGCCACCUGUUCCAGAAAGAAAUGCUGAGCUUCUACAACUUGCAACUGCUAGAAGAGUACCACCGCCCCCGCCGCCAAGAACCAGUUCCAGAUCACCACUAGCAAGUCCUACAAGUCCUCAACUUCCGCCCCGGAAUCCCACAGGCACUUUGCGCAGAGGUCGUAGCAAUAUUAAGGAAACUGGGAAACCCCCUAUGGCACUGCCACCAAAUGCCAAUGCAGGAGAAGAGCAUAUUCCACCAAAUAAUAUUCUAUCUACCAGUAAUUCUAGCUCGUGUGAGAGUAUCAAUUCCCAAGAGGGGUUACAGAAUAAGAAAGGGAGGCAGGAGCAACUUGAGCAGCGCCAUCAGGAACUGCUGAGAAAGCAAAAAGCUCUGCAGGAGCAGUAUGCGAGAUUACAACAAUUACAGAGAAAUGCAUCCGGUCUGACCACCGUACCACCGGCUCCUCCGGAUCUCCUGAAGAAGACAGGUUCCGAGAGUAAUUUAUUAGCGAAAAUGGGACUAGGUUUGAGCACUGCCAGUUCUGGGUCGUUAACUAGUCUCACUACUAAAGCCAAUCAGGACCAACAGCAAAACUCACAACCCAUGCAGAACGCCACUGGCAAUCAGACGACAACCAGCAAGAUCUAUGAGACAGAUAUUCUGUGACCGAGAAGUGGGCUAUUGCGCUCGAGGAUUUAUUACAAAGUUAACUUGCUUCUCAAUGCUGGUGCAAGUUAACGACUCAAAUACACGUUAAGAUUCGCUCGGCAAGAGCAACUCAAUCCGACGUUUUAGCGUACAUCAAUAUAAGCUAUACUCCGCUCAAGAUACAGCAGUACAUGUUGAAAGGGAUGCAUGAUCCCUCUAUUACUGGGUACUUUUGAUGAAGGUGGAUGCAAUUAGCUACGCCAAGUGAUCGCAGAGGUUGAAUUCGAAUCAUUCAUUGAGGCGCGAUCGUUCGGAUUCGUAAGGCAAAUUUCCUUUCGGGACCAUCGCGCUUACCGAUCGCCGUACAAUCACAUUCGACUAUCGGAUUAUCCUCGGAAUUGCGAUUAACAUACGAUUAGCAAAAUACAUUUUGUUGAUAAUGUAUAUGAGAACGCGACUAAUUAAUAUAGGAACUGUUGUAUAUUCACUUAGGCCAAUCAUUGCGGCUUUUGGGAAUCCUUGUACGUGUCCAGAAAUAAUCAGACGUGGGAUAACAGAGCUGCGACUCGUCGGUGAUGACCAUCAGGAAUAAAAAGGAGAGGAAAAGAAAUAGAAAGAGCUAUUGCUGGAGUUGAUAGAUACGAGUGAACAUGACAUGAAAGAAUUACCUGCUAAUCACAGAGAGUCAUCGAACUGAAUGUAAAAACAUACAGUCUCGAAUCGCAUACCUACAUGAAAAUUAUAUACUAUGUAGAAAUUAGCAGAGAUCGUGCGUAAUAGCGAAACGAACAACUUAGAAAAUACUUAAUACUCCUAAUUGUAACUCUAAAUAACGAAUUUAAACGAAUAAGGUAUUAAAUAUUGCUCGGUUUUGGCUGUUAUAUUGAUAGGUAUGUGUCAUCACAGAGCAACGGUAUACCGGAAUGGAAUUUUGUACCGAGUGCUUUCUUCUACAGAAUCCCAUUGAGCAGCACCGCUGUCCAAGUCAAAUUUCGAUAACAACAUCAUCUAAAUCUUGAAAACGGCGCAAACAUAGUCUUUGCCGUUAACGACACUGUUAGGCAUUUUAAAAUCACUAUGACAUUGUCUUAUAUCACGUUCCUUUAUCCUUUAAGAUAUCCAAUCAAUAAUUUAAUCGAAAAUCAUUCGACGUGUCGAACGUCCGAAUAAAUUUUCAUGAACGCUACUCGUCGGUGACAUCGUUUUCUUCCUUAUCACCGAAUCUACAAAGACCUUAUAUUAUUGCUAUUUCCACAAAUACGUAAAUCACAUUUUUUAUUCGCUAUUACUCUCACGUUUUCGUCAGAUAAAUUAUUUAUUUUAAUCGAGUCUCAUCGUCACGUCGUCAUGUCUCACUCGUCACUCCUCAUAAUUAUAUUAACGAUUAAUAUAUUCGCGUCACGCGACUCCUUGACGUGAGCCAACGAUAAUUGUAAAUCUGCGUGCGAUAACUUCAUUUCAUUUCUAAUCAAUGCGUACGGAAACUUUCAUUGGAAGCUUAUGCUUACUCUAUACCGACUAAUGAUUAAUACAAUAUAUUUAUUAAAGGGAAAACAAAUCGUUUAGAAAGCAAAUCUAAUCUACUUAGCUGGGACUUAACUGAGGUAUAAUAUUGAAUAUCAUGAGAAAAUAUAAGCAUAAACUCAUAAGGAGUCAUUCGCUCCGUUCAAGAAUCUGUAACGGCAAUUUUCAGCUUAAGUUCUUCGACGUAUAUGUAUACCUAUCAUUUUACUUCUACUGUGCCAAGAAGUUACUUUUUCUAAGGUUUCCUGCCUACCGACGUUAUAACGAUUCUUCGAGGUUUUUUAUGUUCGAACGAACGUAAUACUUUAAGGUCUAUUUAGAUAAUUAUAUAUAAAUAUUAUAUAUAAAUAUAUAUAUGUAUAUAUAUAAUAAUGUAUACAUAUAAAUUGACACCGUAAAUAAAAUAACUGAUUAAAAUAUAAACACGUAUUACGAUCGACGACUGAGCGCGCAGUUAGAUUUUCACAAGCAUUUUGUGUAAAUUAUAUAUAUAGUACGGACGUAUGUAUAACUCGUUUCAAAAGAGAUUUACAGCCGUCGAUGAAAAAUUACUAUGAAGAACGUGCGCAUAGGGAUAAAUCAUGAUUUAUGUAAUAACUACGAAUAUUAUAACGCCAUAUACAAUGACGCACGGUAAACUAUAUAUAUUUAUAUUUUCUAAUUACAAUUAAGCAUUAUAAUUAGUUGCUUCGUCAAAUAGGCCACGUUGUGAACUGUUUAACGUGUCUGUUAAAUACAUUCUGUUACAUUUGUCAAUCGUGUGAGACGAUCACUAUUUUCUCUCUAUACGUUAACCGUUCAUAAGUCAAUCUGUGUUUACGCGCAAUAAGGAACCGGAAAGUACGUAAAAGGUAUAAAAGUAUCUCAAUGCAUCUGAUUCCUUCCUGAUUGAUUGUUUAAGACGAGUGAAGGAAAUGUUUUCUUGCCGCAAACUGGGAAAAUUUAUGAUGACGACUCUGUAAUGCCCACGUUCUUCUUCCAGCAUUGUAAAUCUUUUUGAAAUGACUAAAUCAUACGUAUAGUUAAUUUUGAAUGAAACUUGUAUCAUCUGUCAUCCAGCACGCACUGCUAUUUAAGGUCACGCAUGAAAGAUCUGUACGUUGCGACGAGUAAAGAGAAAAAUAAGAAAAAAGAAAUACAAAUGCCAAACAAUAAA